AUGGAUCUAGAAUGUGACGGUCAGGAUUGUGAACAAACCUGCGAGGCUAAAAAAUGUAAUCUGAAUUGCACCGGGAAAAACUGUAAAACACAGAAGUGUCUAGAUAAAGGAAAUGUAUGCGAAAUGGAUCUAGAAUGUGACGGUGAGGAUUGUGAACAAACUUGCGAGGCUAAAAAAUGUAAUCUGAAUUGCACCGGGAAAAACUGUAGAAUACAGCAGUGUCGAGAUCAUGGAAAUGUAUGCGAAAUGGAUCUAGAAUGUGACGGUCAGGAUUGUGAACAAACUUGCGAGGCUAAAAAAUGUAAUCUGAACUGUACCGGGAAAAACUGUAAAACUCAAAAGUGCCAAGGUAAAGGAGAUGUAUGUGAAAUGCAUCUAGAAUGUAACAGCCAGGAUUGUGAACAAAUCUGCGAUGCCAAAGUAUGUAACCUGACCUGCAGCGGGAGAAAAUGUAAAACACAAAGUUGCACAGAUGAAAUACAGGUGUGCAAUACGCAUUUUAACGCUAACGUUUGA